UUUCCUGGUGGUUCCCUGCUGCGUUUUUUCCUCCUUUGCCUCUUGGCCUCCCUGCUCAGCACAGCCCUGGGGGUUUUGCUGCUGGCCCUGCUGGGGAAUAAAAGCGGGGAAUGGAAAGGGGAAUCAACAACAGAAACAACAAAUUCUGGGCAAGGGGAGGGGAAAUUUAAAUUUGUGCAUAGGUUGGAGAAUGCUAAGGUUUUUAAAUACCCAGGAGGAGAAAUCCAGUGGGCUCGGUUCCGCCGCGAUCGCCGCGAGUACGAAAAUUCCGAGGCCGAGGAAUUCGGGCGCAGUUUGAAUUUUUAUGGCUCCCAAAUCACCGUGGGAACCCUGAGGAUCUGGAGCCAGGGACUCAGAGCUCCUCACUGGCAUUUUAAUGCCAAUGAACAUGGCUAUGUGGUCAAGGGCGAGGCGUGGAUCGGCGUGCUCGGCCCCGACGGCGCCGCCGCCGUCACCUUUAACGCCACGCGGGGCGCCGUCGUUUUCUUCCCCCGCGGCGCCGUGCACUGGGUGAGGAACGUGGGGCCCUCCGAGCUCCUCCUGCUCCUCUUCUUCUCCACCCACCAUGAGCUGCUCACGCUCGACCUCGACGACGCGUUCUACGGCACCCCCGAGGACGUGGCCGCCAGGGCCCUGAAGCCCCAGGGAGGAGUGAAAUUCAUCAGAACAUUCCAGAAACCCCGAGAGGACCAAGCAAUCAACCUCCCCAAAAACCUUGGCCAGCUGAUCCACAAUCCCAGUUACCCCCAGUCCCCGGAUGCCCAAGUUUGGAUUUUUUAUGAUCUACCAGCAUCCAAGGAAUUCCCAUUCCCAGGAGGAAUUUUUAAGUGGGCAAGGUUCAGGAAAAAUGGGACAGGACUGACAGAAAAUGAGAAAAUUUUCAGUGAAUCCUUGCAUGAGCAUGAAAAUUCUCUCACUUUGGGCACCCUGAGGAUUUUCAGCAACAAUUUGGGGGUUCCUCAUUUCCACUCCAACGCCAACGAGGUGGGGGUGGUGCUCAGCGGUUGUGGCCAGGCAGGACUGAUCCUCCCCACUGGAAAUUCUGAAUUUCCCAUCGGCGUUGGCGACGUCGUUUUCUUCCCCCUGGGCUCCCAGCACUUUGUGCAGAGUUUCUGCCAGGAGGAUUUGCUGCUCUUGGUGGCUUACAGCACGGGAGAUCAGCUGGAGACGCUGAGGAUGAAUCAAUAUUUCCACAGCACCGCCGAUCACAUCCUGGCUCAGCUUUUCCACAAGGAUCAGCUGGAAUUCCAGAAAAUUCCAAAAUAAUUUUAAAUUUUAAUUUAUAUUUUCAA